UAUUCCAAAUCCAACGUCUACCGAUCCAUCAUCUUUAUCGUUGUACUUUUGAUCAUCUAAGCAGGUGAUUGAUUGCUUGCUUGCGUUCUAUAUUUGUCGUUGUAAUUUCUGCUUCUUUUGUUGUACCAUAGAAGAAGCUAAAGAGCAGAUCGUUUUCAUCAAGUGGAACUGGUUCGUCCAUGAAGGCCGUAAAAUUGAAUUGAUUUUGUUCUAAUAAGUAAUCUUGUGUGAUGGCUGGACUGGAGGAAUUGAAGAAGAAACUUGUGCCUUUGUUUGAUGCUGACAAGGGUUUUUCACCUACCUCUACAUCCGAUCCUUUUGAUUCGUACUCUCUAUCGGAUGCCGGAACUGUGAAUUUGUUGAGUCAAUCAUAUGGAGUAUACAAUAUCAAUGAGCUGGGAUUACAAAAGUGGCCUGUUGAUGAUACAGAUCAUGGUGAAAAGACAUAUAGAUGUGCUUCCCAUGAGAUGAGGGUCUUUGGUGCCAUAGGUGCCGGUGCCAGUAGUGUUGUUCAGAGGGCAAUUCAUAUUCCAACUCAUAGGAUUAUUGCUUUGAAGAAGAUAAAUAUUUUUGAGAAGGAGAAAAGGCAGCAACUACUUACUGAAAUAAGGACAUUGUGUGAGGCACCAUGUUACCAAGGUCUUGUCGAGUUCUAUGGAGCUUUUUAUACUCCUGAUUCUGGGCAGAUAAGCAUAGCUCUAGAGUACAUGGAUGGGGGUUCUCUUGCGGAUAUCAUAAAAAUUAGGAAGAGCAUUCCAGAACCUAUCCUUUCCUCAAUGGUUCAAAAGCUCUUGCAUGGUCUCAGUUAUUUGCACGGAGUUCGACAUUUAGUCCACAGAGACAUAAAGCCAGCAAAUUUACUUGUCAAUCUCAAGGGGGAGCCCAAAAUAACUGAUUUUGGAAUUAGUGCUGGUUUAGAAAGCUCAAUUGCUAUGUGUGCUACUUUUGUUGGAACAGUAACUUACAUGUCGCCGGAACGAAUACGGAAUGAGAAUUACUCUUAUCCAGCUGACAUUUGGAGCCUUGGGCUUGCACUCUUUGAGUGUGGUACAGGUGAAUUUCCAUAUACAGCAAAUGAAGGACCUGUCAAUCUCAUGUUGCAGAUCCUAGAUGAUCCGUCUCCUUCACUGUCAAGACACGACUAUUCACCAGAAUUCUGCUCAUUCGUUGAUGCUUGCCUCAAAAAAAAUCCUGAUGACAGGCCGACAGCAGAUCAGCUACUGUCACAUCCAUUCAUUAUCAAGUAUAGUGAUUCUGCAUUAGACUUGGGUACUUUUGUCAGAGACAUUUUUGAUCCAACACAGAGGAUGAAGGAUUUGGCAGAUAUGCUGACGAUACAUUAUUAUUUACUAUUUGAUGGAUCUGAUGAAUUUUGGCAGCAUACCAAGACAUUAUAUAAUGAAUGCUCCACUUUCAGUUUUGGCGGCAUAGAAUCCAUUGGUCCCAACAAUAUUUUUUCAACCUUGUCCAACAUACGGAACACAUUAGCUGGAGAAUGGCCUCCAGAAAAGCUUGUCCAUGUUGUAGAGAAACUUCAAUGUCGAGCUAAUGGUCAAGACGGAGUAGCAAUUCGUGUCUCUGGAUCUUUUAUAGUUGGAAAUCAAUUCCUCAUUUGUGGAGAUGGUAUGCAAGUUGAGGGUCUGCCAAACUUGAAAGAUCUCUCUAUUGAUAUACCCAGCAAACGGAUGGGAACCUUUCAUGAGCAGUUUAUUGUAGAGAAAGCAAACAUUAUCGGUCGUUAUUUCAUAACUAAGCAUGAACUUUUCAUUACUCAAUAGAACUCUUCAUGA